UAGUUGUGAUUAGCUGCUUGUUAUCGCUCGCUAGCCUUUUCGCCUGUGUUUGUGUGGCCAGCCACCUUUUAGCCUGCUAGCGAGGAAGCUGCUGAGUUGGGCAGGCAUCGACCGAACAUCUGUUGCUGGGUGUCCUAUUUUAAAACAUUUUGUCCCGUGUGCGCUAUUCGAGCCCCCAGCUGCCCCCUGAACGUUAAUUAAAGGUCAGCUGGCGUUUACCUGCCCCGGAGGAAUUAUCAUUCAGCCCUUUGUUUCACCUGGAAUCCCCGGACUGAUUUUUUCCGGUCUUCAUUUCACAAUCCCUCCUCCUCCCGCCGCCUUGAACUUUUCUCCCUUUGACACUUAACGUCUCUUGGUACACAGAGCCAUGGCAGCUGCGAAGCCAAAAGGGCAGAACUCUCUAGCCCUUCACAAAGUGAUUAUGGUGGGAAGUGGAGGAGUGGGGAAGUCAGCCCUCACUCUCCAGUUCAUGUAUGAUGAGUUUGUUGAAGACUACGAGCCCACUAAAGCCGACAGCUACAGGAAGAAGGUGGUGCUGGACGGUGAGGAGGUGCAGAUUGACAUCCUCGACACAGCUGGACAGGAGGACUACGCAGCCAUCCGGGAUAACUACUUCCGUAGUGGCGAGGGCUUCCUCUGCGUAUUUUCCAUCACAGAGCUGGAAUCAUUUGCAGCAACAGUAGACUUCAGAGAGCAGAUCCUGCGAGUGAAGGAGGACGAGAACGUGCCCUUUCUCCUGGUCGGUAACAAGUCGGACUUGGACGACCGACGGCAGGUCAGCGCGGACGAGGCCAAGGCACGUGCCGAGCAGUGGGGCGUGUGCUACGUGGAGACUUCUGCCAAAACCCGUGCCAAUGUUGACAAGGUGUUUUUCGACCUGAUGAGAGAGAUCCGGGCGAGGAAAAUGGAGGACAGCAAAGAGAAGAACGGGAAGAAGAAAAGUAAAAGUUUGGCCAAGAGAAUUAGAGAGAGAUGCUGUAUUUUAUAGUCGUUAAAGAGAGCAGGCUAGCUGCUUGUGUACAUAUACAUUUCUCAGACUUUUGCAUUUAUUUUGUGCCCAUGCCUGACCAUGACUUUCUGCUCCUGGCUACCAGGACAUCUGACCAUGUGUCAGGAAGUAGUAAGGUGGCACUCCAUACACCAUUUAUAGCUCUAACUUUUUAUGUGCUGACACUCCAAAUAAUUUAUGUACUCUCUCUCUCUCUCUCUUACUCUGACCACAUUACCAGAGUGUAAUAAAUGGAUGGUGUUUUAAUUUAGGCCUAAGCUUGACAAGAGGCUAAGCCCUGAAAUGUUCCAAAACCUUUUAUUGUAAAGUUUGAUGUGUAUAAUAUAUUCAGACAACUGUGCAGUGCAAGUUUCAAAAGAAAAGACAGACUGAAAGUGUCAGAGCCAAGGUUUUAAAUGGGGGAAAGAUGUUAAGUUGAGCUAAAAAAAAAAA